AUGAACAUGCCACCGCCUCACGGUCACGGUCACGGUGCUGGUCACGCGGUACAUCCAGGCGUGCGUGCUUCGGCGUCUCCUUCUCCAGGCUUGAUGAACCGUCCUCAUCCUCACGGACAACAAUUCAUCCCUCAACAUCCGCAACAUCAGCACUACAUGGAUUCGCCUACUACACAAUCAACUCGUGGGCGUAAGCGCAAGCUCACGGCGCAGCAUCCGCAUCAACAGCAGCAGCUUCCCCACCAGCAACCACACCACUUGCCACGCCGUCCAUCCAUGCACAACCCUCACCAUCCUCAUGCUCAACAAGCGCAUCCGGCAGCACCUCAUGCGCAUCCUGCUCGACCACCCAUGCCAGCGUUUCUGGGGCUCAAUCUGCCACCCACGAUCGCGGAUGAGAUGCCAGAGUCCAUCUUUGAUGAUCUGGAUCGAUUGAGUCCAAGAGACAUGGCUGUUGCCAGAUACGCCAGAAAUCACGAGCUGCUCAGUAUGGUGUUUGACGCCAGGAGAAUCGAUACACUGACUCCGGCACCUUCGCCGUACGCUGAGGUCAAGACGGAAGUGCUACAGGCCAAAGUGCAGACGAUCCAGCAACAAGUGCAACAGCUGCAAGAGGAGCACGCGGAAAAGUUGAAGCAGUUGCGCGAAAGCUCGAGUGUUAGCAAGAGUAUGUCAAGGCACAAGGCGUCAGAUGGAACAGAUGAGGCGGUAGACGUGGCGACGUGGAGCGAGAACGCUUCGAGAGGAAAGAUCCUGGGUGUUGGAUUCGUGCGUGCCGAGACGCCGGACGAGAUGCGGCCGCGCAAGCCUACAGCCGAAGUUGGUGAAGCAGGUGGUGAUGAACAGAUGCAGCAGGCACAGCAGGCACAGCCGGCGGAUGCGGCAUCGCCCGCACAGCCUCAAGUGGAUGAGGCAAAGGAGGCCGAACGCAGACAGGCUGAGAAAGAAGCUAUCGAGAGGCUCAACAUUGAGCUUGGCGUUACACCUGCUCAGCCUGCGGCUGAAGUAUCAGCCGCGCCAGUGGCGCCAGCGGCUGUUGCAGUUCCCACAAUAUUAGCUGGCACUGAAAAUGCGCCGGCGGCUACUGCGCCCGAGCAAGCUCCUGCUGCUGAGACAGCACCAGCAGCAAACACAACGCAAGCAACCACCGACGAAGCUCCCCCGAAUCGAGCAUCGACAGAACCAGCUAAAGCAGCCGUAGCCGUCGCUGUCGCUGUGCCAGACACAGCAACAGCUGACGAUACAGCCAGCGCGGUGCAAGCUGUCGCCUCGCAGCCCGAAACGUUGGCCGACGAGUCAAUGCUCGACCAGCCGCCCGCGCAGGCUGAACCCGCCGCACCGGCAGAUGAACCUGCAGCGUCUGUCGUUGCACAGCCCCUUGCUGCGGCUGCAUCGGCCGCUGAAGAGUAG